AUGCCGCCACUGCCUGAGUGCCUCAGCUCCCCCGCCGCCGCCGGCUUCCCUCGGCUCCGGCCGCUUCCUCCGCCGGCGACAACCCAGAUCGGAGGACCCGCGCCCACCACGUGGCAGGCAGCCACUGGCCCACGGGCGUUUACUCGUGCAUGGAAUGAUGCUUGUAAAGCGUCGUCUGCAACUUUGAAUGUAGCAGGUGGCAAGACUUUUCUGGUUAACAAUCUAUAUUUCCAGGGACCGUGUCAGCCUGGUUUCACAUUUCAGAUCGUGGGUAUUACCAUUCAGGCACCAGAAAGCAGCCCAAACACUGAUGGAAUUGAUACGUUCCAAUCCACAAACAUAGUCAUAAAAGAUUCCACUAUUGGAACAGGAGAUGACUGUGUGGGGAUAGGUGAUGGGUCUUCAAAUAUUAACAUCAAUGAUAUCACAUGCGGUCCAGGCCAUGGAAUAAGCAUUGGAAGCCUUGGAAGAGGAAACACGAAAGCAUAUGUCCAUUCGAUUCACGUGAACGGCGCCAAGUUGACAUUAACAACGAAUGGAUUAAGAAUCAAGACAUGGCCGGUGAUAGAGUCGGGAGCUUUUUCGGCGCGCAGGUCUGAGCGGGAGCGACAAGUAGACUGUGGAGGAGGCCUCCCUCCUCCACAUGGCGUCUUCCGUAGUCUCUUUCUUGUGCGAUCUGCUCUUGGUCUUUAA